GCCGGCGGAAGUAGACCCCUCCGCGAGGGUGCAGGGCCGCCCGGGACGGGCGAAAAAGCUGGAUUGUAGGACCGGGCCGAGCUAGCGAUGGGUACGCGGGCGGACAGCGCAGAGCUGCGCGCGGACCCGCGAGGCAACGAGGACGCGGCGCAGCGGCGGCAGGGACAGAAGGCGCCACACGGCCGGGAGGCGCGAGCAGAGAGCAUCAUGGCAGAGCAGGUGGCCCUGAGCCGGACCCAGGUGUGCGGGAUCCUGCGGGAAGAGCUGUACCAGGGCAAUGCCUUCCAUCGAUCUGACACACAUAUCUUCAUCAUCAUGGGUGCAUCGGGCGACCUGGCCAAGAAGAAGAUCUACCCCACCGUCUGGUGGCUGUUCCGCGACGGUCUUCUGCCCGAAGACACCUUCAUCGUGGGCUACGCCCGCUCCCGUCUCACAGUGGCCGACAUCCGCAAGCAGAGCGAGCCCUUCUUCAAAGCCACACCGGAGGAGAAGGCCAAGCUGGAGGAGUUCUUCGCCCGCAACUCGUAUGUGGCUGGCCAGUACGACGACGUGGCAUCCUACAGGCGCCUCAACAGCCACGUGAAUGGCCUUCACCAGGGGCCGCAGACCAACCGCCUCUUUUACCUGGCCUUGCCGCCCACGGUCUAUGAGGCGGUCACCAAGCACAUCCAUGAGACCUGCAUGAGCCAGACAGGCUGGAACCGUGUCAUUGUGGAGAAGCCCUUCGGGAGGGACCUGCAGAGCUCUGACCGGCUAUCCAACCACAUCUCGUCCUUAUUCCGUGAGGACCAGAUCUACCGCAUCGACCACUACCUGGGCAAGGAGAUGGUGCAGAACCUGAUGGUGCUGAGAUUCGCCAACAGGAUCUUUGGUCCCAUCUGGAACCGGGACAACGUCGCCUGUGUCAUCCUCACUUUCAAGGAGCCCUUUGGCACCGAGGGCCGUGGAGGCUACUUCGAUGAAUUUGGGAUCAUCCGGGACGUGAUGCAGAACCACCUCCUGCAGAUGCUGUGUCUAGUGGCCAUGGAGAAGCCCGCCUCCACUGACUCGGACGAUGUCCGCGACGAGAAGGUCAAGGUGUUAAAGUGCAUCUCCGAGGUGCAGUCAGAGAACGUGGUCCUGGGCCAGUACGUGGGCAACCCCAGCGGAGAGGGCGAGGCCACCAAAGGGUACCUGGAUGACCCCACGGUGCCCCGCGGCUCCAUUACUGCCACCUUUGCGGCCGUCGUCCUCUACGUGGAGAACGAGAGGUGGGAAGGGGUGCCUUUCAUCCUGCGCUGCGGCAAAGCCUUGAACGAGCGCAAGGCCGAGGUGCGUCUGCAGUUCCGCGACGUGUCCGGAGACAUCUUCCAGCAGCAGUGCAAGCGCAACGAGCUCGUGAUCCGCGUGCAGCCCAACGAGGCCGUGUACACCAAGAUGAUGACCAAGAAGCCUGGCAUGUUCUUCAACCCUGAGGAGUCCGAGCUGGACCUGACCUACGGCAACAGAUACAAGAACGUGAAGCUCCCCGACGCCUAUGAGCGCCUUAUCCUGGACGUCUUCUGUGGGAACCAGAUGCACUUCGUGCGCAGUGACGAGCUCCGGGAGGCCUGGCGGAUCUUCACGCCGCUGCUGCACGAGAUCGAGCGCGAAAAGCCCCAGCCCAUCCCGUAUGUUUAUGGCAGCCGAGGCCCCGCGGAGGCAGACGAGCUGAUGAAGAGAGUGGGCUUCCAGUACGAGGGCACCUACAAGUGGGUGAACCCCCACAAGCUCUGAGCCCCAGGUCCCUGCCCCACCCACCGUGGCCCUGUCUGUCCUGUUCCACCCCGAGCCCACGUCGGGAGGGCUUCAGGACCAUAAGUCUCACAUUCCUGGCCCCUGGCCACCCUGCCCGCUCUGUGCCACCUGCCACCCUGGGCCUAGCUACAUUCCGCAAGCACCACGCACUCAAGACUCGCGCCAUGACCAUCCCUAGCUGCCACCAGCCUUUCCUGAGCCACCUCUGUCUGCGGGAGUGAGCCCCAACAGGAGGAAGUGGCGUGGCUUCUCUGCCGGUCUGGGGCUGCUCCUACCAAGACAGGAGGGAGGGAUGGCAGGGAGGGGCGGCGGGCAGGCCACUCCACACUCCCGCCGGCUCUGAGUGAGCUCCUCAGAACAGGGGCGGGGCGGGGGGGCGAGCGCUUUCUCACCGGUCUAGGUCUCCGUCUCCGUGCCGCUUGACAUUCCUGGUCACCUGCUGGGAGGGACCUCCGUGCCGCCCCGCCGUCCCCUGUGUCAUGGGCCCCCUGAAUGUCCCUCCGCCCCACCGGCUCCCCCCGCCCCUCCAACUCCGCACUCCACGGCCCACGCACCUACGGGGGGCCCCCUCGCCACUGGAAAAGCAGAAACAGCAAGGGGCACUCACCGUCUCAGCCCCCUGCCAUUAAAUCCACAGACAGACC